AUGUCAAGAAUUUCUAAUCUUAGAAAAAGAAAUAGAUCCUUAAGAGAAGACAGUCCAGAAGAUGAAUUAGACAGUGCAAUACAGAGUUCGGAUGCUAAGAUUCAAAAGUUUAUUGAGGGGCAAAUGACUGGAAUUCUUCCUUUUGACAGUUCAGAGGAAUUCGAAAAUAUUAAUAUGUUAAAGGAAGGAAGAGUAACGGAUGUAGUUAUUUCAAGAAUUAAUGUACCAGAGUGGAAUG